AAGUUGUUGCCUUAUACCAUUCACUGCACUGGCUGCCACGGAUUGCUUAUAGAGUUGUUAUUUACAUAGCUCUCACAGGGGUGCUCUGCAAAACCAUGCACACCAGCAAUCUCCCAAUGUGUGUCUCUGCUUCACUGCUAAACAUGCCAAAGUGAAGUCUUUAAUAUUGUGGAUCCUGCCUUUAAACAGUUUUUAUUUGGUCACAAAGUUCAGUUUAUGGUACUAAAGUAAAACAAAAAAGUAUUUCUAUAUAUCAGAAAAGAGGAGGAGCUACUGUCUGACCAUUACCACAACUGUUCCAUAUUUUACUGCCUGCUGGGCACGUGCUUUUCAAACCUUGCUAGGGAGGGGCAGCUGCAGAGCUCAGCCUGGGAGACUGGCUGGCUUCUGAAAUGGUUUCAUCUCUCGACUGCAGGAACAUGUGAGCAUACAUUGAUGUAUGCAAAAGCUAAUAUUUUGAUUAAAAAAAAAAGUAAGACUUUAUCAGAUGUAUCUGCUGAUCAAUUGUCAGUGUAAACUAAUUACAAGCAAUAUUUGUGGGCGCGAACCCGGGACCUCUCGCACUGAAGCAUAGCGCCGAUACCGCUGUUCAAAAUCAAAAACUCCUUUGCAAGGAGUGCAUAAGUCUCGCAUAAGCCCUGCUGCUGCAUCCUCCCGUGCACCUUACAAUAUGUAGUCAUAUUGUAUUGUAGGGCUUUGCGGCUGGAAAAUUAUCCAAAUAUACUGAUCUCAUUGGUUAAGACGAUGAUUCAGUAAUCAGAGUACUGAACCGUAGUACACAAAGUACAGUACUAGUAGCAAUUACGAAGUAGCUCUAUCACAGUGGGACAAGGAAAUGUGAUGUGGCGCGUUUGUACGGAGAAAGAGGUGUUGCAAAACGGAGCAUCAAGAAGCUGGAAAUAAAUUGACAGAAACAAUGGCUAAUAAUUCGAGCGAGGGUACUACUUGCAGACUCCCUUAUGAUGAGGACAGGAUUCCGUUAGUUGUGUUGUACAGCAUUGUUUUCAUCAUUGGAGUGCCUGCUAACUUUGUGACUAUACUUUUAACGUACAAGCAAGUCCGUAGGAAAAACGUGCUGGGGAUUUACCUUCUCAGCUUGUCGAUAUGUGACCUGAUGUAUUUGUCCACACUGCCCCUUUGGAUGUCUUAUGUCAACAAUGACCACACGUGGCAUUGGAGUCCUAUGACUUGCAAGAUCACAGGCUAUGUGUUUUUCAACAACAUGUACAUCAGCAUUUUCCUCCUGUGCUGCAUCUCUAUAGACCGAUAUGUGGCUGUGGUUUAUGCUGUGGAGUCCAGGGGCUUGAGGCAGCAGAAGUUGGCGGCCAUCAUCACGUGCAUCAUCUGCAUAGUUGUGCCAAUCGGCCAUGCCCCCGUUUUCACAAUGAAAGAAAACGACACAGGCCAGGCCGACCAAAAAUGCUUUGAGCCAGGCAAAGCCUCUGUAAUAGUUACAGGGUUUAACUAUGCCAGGUUCUUCAUUGGAUUUUUCCUUCCCUUGUGUAUCCUGGUUGUCACCAACUACUGCAUCCUAACAAAUAUUCAAGCCAGCACUGGCCUGCAUAGUAGAUCGAAGAAGAAGAUCAAGUGCCUGGCGACCACGGUGAUAGUUCUCUUUCUGUUCUGCUUUGGUCCGUACCACAUCAUUCUGUUAGUCCGAGCCGUGAUGUAUCACAUUCUAGAAGAGGGACAAAACUGUAGGUUUGGGAAUCAAAUCUAUAUACCUUAUACAAUUUGUUUGGGCUUGUCCACAUUCAACAGCGCCAUGAACCCUAUUCUUUACGUCCUGGCCAGCGAGAACAUUCGGAAGGAGCUCAGUAGAGGGCUGCUUAACAUUCGAAGCCGCACUUCCUUGCAGCAGAGAGGCACUGACAGCAGUUUGCCCAAAUUUCCGACCUCAAAAAACUCUGUGGAUCCUGCACAAACACUUGAAAACAGUAACCAAUGAGGGAGUCAGUAUCUCCUUCCAGGAGUUGGGCUGUUUGAUCCUUUUUUUGGAAAUUUUUGUUUCAUUUGGUUUCUUUUCUGAAAGUACAGUUUCCGUUCCAGUACUGGAAAAAAUAAAAAGAGCAGCUAUUGACAAACUUGCAGUAAACCUGUAAUGACUGCUUCUAGUGGCUUUUAUUCCUUGUAAUUGUACAUAGAAUGACAAAACAUUCAUAUUUAAAAAUAAAUCACAAAGGAAAAAUAAAGUUUAAAAUGUUUUGUUUUUUUUUUAAUAAUAAUGCUACACACCAGGAUGUGUAUUAUAAAACUUCCUAGAUACCUAUUUGAAGAAAACUGCCUAUUUCAGCAUUAUAUAGUUCUAUGUGUUUUUUUUUUAAUGAACAGACCACCUAAAACUCUAUUUCAAUAUUUAUUUUUGCUUUCUGUUCCCUCUUAAUGAGUUUUGGAAAGUUUAUGAGUUUCUUUUGUAGGUAAGCACAGGUCGGAAAGUCUCAUGUUUCAAAAUAUUUAACAUUGUAAGAACCAAAUGUUUUCUCUGAUACCUGGGGUCUGCAGAAUAUUGAUGAAAUUGCAUACUGUACGUCUUUCACUAUUAAAACUUCCUAUUGGAAAAAUAAGCAAUAACUAAGACAAUUGUAAUCAUUACAGUUACAAUGUGUGUUUUGCUGUAAUGUAUGCACUUUUCACUGUUGAAGCCUAAUAUAUAGGUAAAAGUUUAGUAUUCAUUUUUUGCUUAAAAUCUCAGAACUGAUGCACGAUACCUUCAAGUGAAAUGUAUUUCCCCAGCUGUUUACCCCAAUAAUUAACUAGAAAACAAAUAAAUUAUUUGUACCAAUUUUCACUGAUUUUAUACAUAUAUAUUUUAAAUCAAUUAAAUUCCAGAGAAGGGUGUGUGUCUAGCAUGGCAAAAUAACCCAAAUCUGCACUCUCUCUGGCCCUUGUAAGCGGUGGAUUUGUGGGGUGUUGCAGGUAUAAACUUUGUUUCAAGAUAUGUAACUGUGCAGUUGCCAUAGAAAUAUCCAAACAUCCACCCCAUCAAAUAUACAAUAGCUUAUGAAAUCAAUAUAGUAGCUUGCACAUGAAAACACAAAUAAAGAGGCUCCUUUACUGCAUACUGUGAGGUAACAGAAAGAAAUAAUAUUCUCCCUUAUUUCAAUGGGGAAAAAUAAUGCUAAUGUUGUGCACAAAAAACUCUUAAAACACACAGCAAUAUACAGUACUCCCCCUUUAUAAUGCUGUAGUUGGGAGCUAUAGUUAAGAGACUGUGCUAAUUGUGUUCUGCCUUAUAAUGAGACUACUAGUGUUAUGGCAUUAUGGUGCAAAUGGGAGCCUUGACCCACCUUAUAACCUGUUCUGCAGUAUAAAGGGCCACCUUAUAAAGGGAGCAUUGUACCUGUAUAUUGGGCAGUGCUUUUGAAGUUGUGUUGUAGUAUAAUGUGCUAUAAAUGUGUGAUUGAAUGUAUUAUUAGCGUUGCACCUCCUGCUAUUUAUUUUUAUUACAAAUUAUUUUUUGUUCAUAAUAAACCACUUUGAGAUAAACCUUGUUAUUUAUAAGGGUAACCUUGGAUACAUGGUGUAAGUUAAUAGCAGCAUACGUUAACGUGCAUAAGAAUAUGAGACACAUAUUCUUAUGCAAAAAGUAUGUCAAAUAUAUACUCUUUUAUUCCUCCUAACGAUUGUCAAUGUUUCCAAAGAUUAUCUAAAUGUUUUUUUUGUUGCUUUUUUUUUAAAAUAAAAAUAAAAUAUUGUUGUGGAUAGCCCAUGACCUUUUCAGAGUCAAAAAGGCCCUAGCAAAUGACAAAGAUUUAACAUGGCAUGCAGAGGUAUUUUCCAAGGCAACUUAAUAUAAAAGCAUGCAUCAUCUUGUGUUUGCAUUAUAGUCUAAAGCCAGGUCCAAUACUUGUGGGUUGCACAGUGUUACGAUUAAUGUUAGUAGUUUCUAUUAUCACUUUGAAAGUGCUUUUACCAUAAACGUCUUAUACAUUUCCCAAACCUUAGGCAGAUAAAUUGUUAAAAUAUGAAUAUAUUACAGGGUUAUAGCACUGUGCAUGGCGUGUAACUCUGUUAUAUACUGCUCUAUUAUUAAUGCACUAGAUAAAAAUUCAGCUAUGCUUGCUUACUAUUCCUUACCAGCCUAGUCCAUUGUGAUUUUCAUUGACAAGGUAGAUGAAGAGAAUACCAUUAACUGGCUGAGGUAUACAGUGAUGUCACUGUUUCGAAUUGACUGUUUGCCGUUGAAAGCAUGCCUCAGGUAUGACUUUGGAAAGCAGGUGGCUUCAACUGUGCUAAAAACUGAUAGAGGCACGGUUGAUGUAAUAAAUAGGGUUUCUCUUUGAUGUAUCCUGGAAUAUAGAAGGCAAAACAUGCACUCUGAUUAGGUGAAAUAUCAUGAGCAGUCUAUAAUACCUAAAAUGUUGUGUUUAAUAGGGUAAUACAUUAUACCACAUGAACAUAUUAUUCCAGUUCAAAUGUUUAAACAUGAGCUGUUGGUUAUUGCAUUAAUAUACAAGAAUUCCACUGAACAUUUUUUUCUCUGAUUUGUGUUAGUUUUGUGCAGUUGAUAUUGCUGAUGGAAACAAUUGGGAUUGGGUUUCAAAUUACUUUCAACUCCCAGCAGCUGAUGGAAAAAGGCUUUAGAUGCUGUAUGGGAAACGAGAGUUCUCUUGUAUCAAGGUACAGUUGUUAAGGAAGGUCUGAAAAAACUUUACUGGAGAAGUACAGCAAUACUAUAUCGGAAAAACAGACCGGGAUUUCAAAUGCACCCUCAUUAUACAUUGCUUGCCCUGUUUACUGGGUUUUCUCUGCGACUAUAUUUCACCUGAUUGUUCUCUGAAUCGUUUUUCAACCUUUUUCUUACAAUACAUCCCUUUGUUAAGUUUUUAAAGUGUUUGAAACAUUUUUUUUAUGUCAGGUUAUUAUAUGAAAUGAAACAGAAAAUACAGCCUCUGUGUUCCUCACAUCCCAUUAGCCAUGAAUUGAGGGUUUCUAAUCUAUUGUUUUACUUUUACAGUAUAGAUAUCUAAGUACCUGCAGAAAUUGUAUUGUUGCUUGCACUGUCUGAAAAGCAUAGUUAAGUGUUAAAUAAAAACUUGUUGUGUUUCCAAGAAAAACAAUGUUUAACUUUGCCAU